GUAAUAAUUUUUUUUAUGUCCAUAUUUUAUUUAACAUAGUAUAUAUUAUUUUUUAUUGACAUUGUCCACGUCACGACUUACACGGUAAUCGCCGGUAGUCAGUCGUCCGGCUUACAUGUUCAUUUGCACGAUAUUAACUGCGUUUCAAAUACUCAUCAGAACAGCAAUGGGCGACCCAAACACGGAACGCACUUUCAUCAUGAUCAAGCCCGACGGCGUGCAACGAGGCCUUGUCGGCAAAAUCAUCAAACGUUUUGAAACCAAAGGAUUCAAAUUGGUAGCCAUGAAGUUCACGUGGCCUUCAGAACAAUUAUUGAAGGAUCACUACGCUGAUUUGUCCAGCAAAGGGUUUUUCCCGGGUCUUAUCAAGUACAUGUCGUCAGGACCCGUUGUAGCAAUGGUAUGGGAAGGAUUAGACGCUGUGAAGACUGGACGUUUCCUCCUCGGCGCAACAAACCCAAAGGACUCCAACCCUGGUACUAUCAGAGGAGACCUUUGCAUUCAAGUCGGCCGUAAUAUAAUUCACGGAUCAGACGCCGUAGAAUCCGCCCAAAAAGAAAUCGGCCUGUGGUUCACUGAAAAAGAAGUCGUCCCGUGGACAAGAACUGUUGAUUCUUGGGUUUACGAAUAAACUAUGUUUAUUGUCAAAAAAAAUAUUUGUUUGCUAAUUAUUUAAACAAAAAAAACUAUUUUACGGUUAUGUUUCAAUGCAUUUUUUUACAUAAUAAAUCUGAACACCAAUUGAA